AUGGCUGAGGAAGGAGAUACCUUUGGCGAGAACUCAGGUAUUACCGUGAGCGCCAUCAUGACAUUCGCGGGUAUCUUCGCUGCCAUCGUCGCGGCCUUCUUGAUAGAGAGCUACAAAACGCUCAAGCCUGAUACGGGGGCUCAGGCGGUGUUUCUCUUGGAGCAACUUGUGGCCGGACGCGAGCUCAAUACGACCGGGCCUUUCGCGAAUCGUCUUCCGGCCUUCCAUGCUUCUGAAACGGACGUCUUAAUCAACACCCUUUGGUUCGCUGGGCUAGUCCUAUCGCUCAUGGCCGCCCUGCUGGCUACAUUAUAUCAAGAGUGGAUCCGACAACUCCUCAAAGCUCAGCAUCGUGUCAGCGACGAAACCGCCGAAGAGCACUCUCUGCGUCACCUCUCACUGUACGUGGGCGCGCGCGGGUUUGGCUUGGACCUCGUCGCACCGAGCAUCAUCGGCUUGAUGCACCUUGCCGUCGCUCUCUUUCUAUAUGGGCUGCACCUUUUCCUGUCGGAGGUCCACCCCGUCCCUGCCUGGUGGACGAGCCGCAUCAUAGCCAUAUGUGCGGUGAUAUACGUGGUUGGCAGCCUCUUCCCGCUAUUCGACGCCACGUGCUUUUAUCGCACUCCUUUGACCUCGUUUGCGACACGCCUCACCCUGUUUUGCGCGAACAUCGUGUUCUGCCUCAUGUCAUACCUAGCGAUGCUCACAGUCGUCGUGACGUUGCUUCUGACACGGCGCCGAUUGCAUCCCGUCUGGUCUUACUUCCUCGGUGGGAAGUUCUGGUGGGGCCUUCUACGGGAUUCGCUAUUCAUCCCGCGGGCCAUAGGCGCGUCAUUCGCCUACUGCAAACAACGCUAUUGGGACGGAAUCGACAUCCCGGUGACUUUCUGGACAUUCAUCAUGACUGCCGCCGAAACGGGAGAUGUGCCGCAGUACUAUCCACCUAUAGGCGGACGCGAGUUAGGCGCUCUUUCGGACCACGUGGGGUCGGCCAUCCUCGACCAUCCCGCUUUCCUAUUCCGCAUCUCCCUGGACCUGCUGAACCCCCAAAGCAGAGAUUUUGGCGAGUUCUUCGUUCGGACCCGCCGGGAGCCGGAGCUCGUCGAGAAACUUGCCGCAGGCUUAACGACUGUGGUCACAGUCGACGAGGCAGCGGGUGCGGUACGGGCGGUGCAAUACGUCUUGUUUGCUGGGACCAACGACGACGAUAUCAGGCAGGCUGCUUCGGACCAAGAACGCCGAUGGGAUUUUAUGGAACCCCUCCUUGAUGCGCUUCCUGAGUUCGUUGGUUUGCUGAACCAUCACAACAUGAAAGCAAUGGCAGAGGAGGAUCUCAUUAUCAUGGCAUCCGUCUGCAGCCUCCGCUGGUCACUCCUACUGCUGUGGAAACGCAUCCCUGCCCAUGCCCGCCCACAUUCGAUCGCGCAACAGCACUUGCAAAGGCUAUUCCUCGCUUUUGAGGGCUCGUACAGCAGCCUUCGUCUACUACCCCUCUCUGCGGAUCACGAGAGGUCUUUAGACCGCCUCUUCGCAUCGGACGUUGAUCCCCUUCGGGAACUGGCACUUCGUAACGCUAUGUCACUCCUGUCUGCCGCUGUGCGCUGCCAAUGGGAGGGUUCGUGGCGCACGGCUGACUCUCCGUACCUCAAUCCGGGGACGCGCAGUUGGGGGAUCCCGUAUCUCAGUGCGACAAAUCACAGUUUGUUGGAAUGGAAUAAGGAGUUUCCGGAGGUUCGCAGUGGGCGCCGCAAAUCGCCCGCGUCUGCAGCGUUCCACGAGCUGUUGCAACAGACUCGCCUGGACGCAUGGACAGAGCCGGGGGCGACCCUGGCAACCCCCGCUGGCACCGAUUGUCCCCCAGACGCUAUUCUCGCAUUGCGAGAUCUAGCAAGUACAGUUGAUCUCCACGCCCCUCGCCCUUGCGUAGCUGUCGAUAGCGGGCGCCACGAGCCACCGACACAGGAUCCCGAGACAGCGUCAGUUUUCUCAGCCACACCCGGCCACCCCGAAGUAUACGGUCCUCAAGCGACAGAGCGCUCUUCCGCGGUCGUCUCAUCACACCAUACGCACGACACCGUCAACGGCUCCGUCAACGGCACCGUCAACGGCACCGUCAACGGCAUCGUCAACGGCUCUACGUCGGACCAGGGCGAAGUUGUCAAGAGUUCAAGUACGUCGUCUCCAGCAUAUCAUGUCUUGUCACGGCGGACUUACUCCCGUAUACCAGCAUGA